GUUCAGAAAGAGCGUAUCUUCAAACUUGUCCCUCAGAGAAGAUAAACUGAAGGGCAUUGCUGAAGAAAGGCCGUGUUAGCUUUAUUUUCUGCAAGGGAACUUUCCGGCAUAGUAGUCCAUAUUGGGAUUCACCAGACAUCUGUUGUUCCAGUUCGUCAUGGUGAAAUCAUGCACCAGGUGGGUGUGAAAGCUACGGAAAUUGGAGCAUUGAAGGUCAUGGAGUUCCUUACGAAACAGCUGGAAGAUCAUAACAUAUACUAUGGGAAAUAUUUCACUGAUAAGGCAUUAAGAGAGGAGGCUAUGGGCUCAAGCACGGCUGCUAAUUUUUUGCAUUCGUGCAAGAUGAGCUGUUACGUAGCUCAGGAUUAUGAAGCUGAGCUAUCAUCUAAAGAUAGCAAACUCUCUCUUGUGUUACCGGAUGAUAGCAACAUUACUCUUUCCGUAGAGCGUUUCAGAACCGGAGAGGUUCUGUUUCGGCCAUAUCUUGCAAGAAUGAAUGCUAUGAGUUUGCAGGAUGUUGUAACAUCCUGCAUAAAGAAUUGUCAUGAAGCUAUUGUGGCGGAUGAUGACAAGUGGUAUAAGACAAUUGUUUUGGCAGGGGGGUGUGCGUGUAUGCCCGGGCUAGCAGGGAGAUUAGAGAAGGAAGUCCUUGGACUUCUUCCCCCAUCCAUGACCAGUGGCAUCAGAGUUCUUCCGCCCCCGUAUGGCACCGAUUCUGCAUGGUUCGGGGCUCUAUCGAUUGGCAAUUUGAGCACCUUCCCCACUUCCUGGUGUCAGCAGAGAUCCUGACUCUAAAUAAAACUAGUCGAGUUCGGGAGUGAGUGAUGAGAAGUUGAUCGAGACUCUGAUGUUGAGCAGCUUGACCCAUCUACAACACCUUACAGAUCGAGACUGGACAUCCAUCUGUUCGUCGUUCUCUUUCAGU